AUGCCGCAUACUAGGGCAAAAACUGAGCUACGACAGGGAAGGCCGAAUCUCUUGCAGUCUGUUAUGAACACAGCUGAACACGGCUAAACAGUUGGGGAAGUGCAAUCAGGUCUUUCGUCUCGAUGUGGAAGAAAAAGCAAACUAGACAAACAAGAUCUUUUCCGCCUUUUAUAGAAAUUUAAACAAUUAACAAAGAAACGACGCUGUACAUCACGAUUUCUUCAAUCAGUAGUGAAUUGCGUGGUUAUUAUUAGACGUAAGGUGUGCCGUGAUAUACAAGUAUGUGUGGCAAAUUUGUCAACAAUCAUUAAAAAUAAUAAGCAUCGAACAAUCUUUUUCGCUGGGAAAUCACACUUUUUCUGAAUUGUGUAGUUCCAGAAAAUAUCCAUACCCCCACCCCGCACCCCCCCUCCCCAGGGAGGACAGAAAUUCCAAGGGGAGGGGGGGUCCAAAAGGAGGUAAUUUCAGAGGAGUUGGUGGGCUGCUUACCGUUGCUUACAGAGGUUUUUUAACCCGCCACCUGCCACCCGUCACCCGUCACCCGCCACCCGCCAGCCGCGGAAAAGUCCUGCCGUAUAAACAGAGACAAAACAGACAACAUAACUUUCCAAGCGAAAGGCUUUCUUGUUUAUGGCCAAUAUGAAAACUUUACUUAAAAACACAUGUGGCUCAGUGAUUUUUAAAAAUCCUCUAGAGCAUACCUAAACAUCCAGAAUAUUAAUAAGGAACAAUAAACGGUUGGCAGUUGUGCAAGCCAUAUAUAUCAUACGGUAUUUUUUAACAAAGAAGCUUACGGCUAUCCUGAUAAUUAUAAACGACGACAAAGUUUCAACAUGGCUCAGUUCGCGAGCAAAUUGCGCGCUCGAAGAAAACGCCUGCACUGCAGGAUAUGAUUAGCAAAAGAGAAAACCUGCACCCCCAAUCCCCGGGGAGUACUUUAGGGAUUUUUGGUUGGGAGUGUGCCGCCGGGACCCUGGAACCCUUAGCAUAUACAAGAAUUACUUCACUUAAAUUUUGCUACCCUAUACUAGACUAAACUCCCUAAAUAUUCCCCUAUCCUAGCGUUAUAAAUUAAAUCGGCGUUACCGAUAGCAACAUAGCAACGCGUCCCCUAAAUUCCCUAAGGGUAUUUUGCAUUCUAGCACUAUAUUUAAAAAUUCAGUUUGAGCUAGCAGUGGACAUGAAUAAAAGAAUUCAGAUUAAGAAACAAAGACCCGGAGAUUCACGCUAGUGUAAGAGGGUCUCAAUGGGGUGGUGGCUUUUACGGUUAUCGGCUAAAAUUUUGGCUCUUUUACGGCUAUCGGUUAGUUUUUUGCAGUUACGAUUAACGAAAACGUUAAAAAUUAACUUCUUUUAUUUCAAAAAGUUAAGUAUUAAUUAAACUGUAUUUUUUUGUAUCUUUAAAUCAAAAUAAAGGUCUUCGGAUCAUCUCGGGAUGAAAUAUACUGUUCUUUUGAAAAAUUUUAACAUUUGAUAGAUCAUACUUUUUAUAAAGUAUUCCACUUCUAAUAUUAUUUUACUCAUAGAAAUGUCAAUAGUCGAUUUAAAAAUAAUCUUUGUGAAAAAGCAAAAGCAGACACGCGAACGCCCAACUCAAGGCCGGGGCGCGACAUUCAUCAUUAUAACAGAAAUGGCCGUUUUCACACCGGAGAAGGAUUAUUCGUGUGAGACGGGUUAUCCGUUUGAUGAUUCGCGUAGGAUAGAUAAUACGUCUUAAUUUCAAAAAUGGAAUAGUUUUAAUUUUGCAGACGGGAUUAUCCGUUCCAGAUAGCCUGUGUACAGCCACCUCCUCCCCUCAGAAAAAGUCGGAGAAGGGGUGUCUGUGGGGAGGGCACGACUGUACACAGGCUAGUCUCAGACGGAUGAUCCAUUUCUAGCUCUGAGGUGAAAACGGCCAAUAACAAAAUCCCGUGUCCAGUGUUUUUAAUGAUAGCGAAGGACUGCACGGAACGACCGUCUGCCGUUGCCUUGCCCGUAGGCCGCAUUAUUCCGCGCGGCUAAUGCGUUUCGGGUCACGUGUUCCGAGCGAGUUCGCCACCGAAAUGCCUUGACCGAGAUUGCGUGGGAAGACUCCGUACAGGGACUAGGCAUGACAAUGUCUACCGUAGCGUCAGAGAAAAACAGGGAAAUUUUUUUUAUCGGCAACGUGUUUUACAAACAGUGACAUCUCUGCGUGUUGUUUCACUACUGUUUCGAGGGCAAGCCCUCCUGAAAAUUGCGAAUAUUAAUCCCCAGCAGGAAGCCACACUUUCGCUAUGGAAAAAAUUCCUUCCCCGAGAGAACGCCGGAAGUGGAGCCUAGUUCUUGGUUAACACCUAAAAGGCGCUUCGCCUAACGUGCGUACGGAGUUACACUAGCCGGGAAAUAAAAAACGCAACCAAAAGUGAGUUUAGUACCUUCCUUAAAAGUAGCAAAUCUAGGGAACAAUUUCGUUUACGGUUAACUCUUUUUUACCCUUUUACGGCUAACGGUUAAAUUUUUUCAAUUUUUACGGCUAUCGACUAAAUUUUUGGCCGUUUUACGCCUAUCGGUUAACCCCAUUGAGACCCUCGUGUAAGUAGUUUUUUUCUAAGAGUUUUUUCAUCCUUUGAGCGAAUAUCUUAUCAGGAUAUUUGGGCUUUUCCUUUUUUCAGCGAAUCAUUCUGUAAAUCACUCUAGUAACCCUCGAAAUGUAGAAGUGAAAGAGGCGAGACGAUUUCGACACGUGAAUGCUAAUUAACUUGAACUGUUAGAAUACUGAGACACUGAGAUCUUGAAGAACAGCGAAAAGACGACAACACCUAGAGUUGCUUUUGGGCUGAGUUUUAUAAAUAUAAAUUUGCUGAUUUGAUUUUUUUAUAUUUUUGAGUGGCAAUUCCGGGUUUCCCUAGUCUAGACUAAAAUCUUCAAGCAAUUGAUCAGUUUCCGGGAAAAUGAUACCCUAAUCUAGACUUAAAGUCUCUGAUUGAUACGCCCUAUCCCAGAGUGAACAGCUUUAAAACCAUAUUCUUUACAGCGGCACAUACCUAUAUAGCCCAUAUAUGGCAGUCCCCCCCCCCCCAGCCUAAUCCAGCUUAAACUCGAUCUAGCUGUCUUGCCCAAAGUAAUAAAAUACUUUGCUUCUAUAAUUCCUUGUUUUUGGACAACAUACCUAUAUAGCCCAUAUAUGGCAGUCCCCCCCCCCCAGCCUAAUCCAGCUUAAACUCGAUCUAGCUGUCUUGCCCAAAGUAAUAAAAUACUUUGCUUCUAUAAUUCCUUGUUUUUGGACAAUGGAAAUUGGGUUGAUGUGAGUUUUUUGAACUAAUACUGGGAUAAUAGCAUGUGUACAGUUGCCCCUUCCUCUCAGAAAAAAUUGCUGUACACGGGCUACUGAGAUUAUUGAACUGGCAUGUUGUCUUUGAACUGACUUUUGUUAAAAAAGGGUUACCGUUCCCCUUCUUUUACAUUUGUGUGUCCCAAUAAGGUCACAUUGAGACUACAGACCUAUUAGGAGAUGUAGCAGUGUGGUCAUUAAAUCAUUGUGUUUUAACUGAACUAUAUACUUUAUUCAACCUUUAUUCAAACAUUUUUAGUCUUGCAAUAGGGGUGCCAUCAUGCCAGACGUCUAGCUAAAUAAAAUUAGAGGUGUAACGAUUAAUCGAAUUCUCAAUUAAUCGCGAUUAUGACCGUUCAUGAUUUUUGCAUACCUUUUCCAGGGUGCCCUCAGUGAGUUAUUAUAUUCUAAAAUAAGAAUCCAGAACUCCUUAAUGUGCGUUUUUGAUUGAUGAGCAAAGACGAUAGCAGUCCGUGCGCCAUUUUGUGUUUCUUGGUAAAAAUGCUGUCCUUUAACCUCUCCUUGAGAAUUUCCAAAUAAGGCAAACCAUGUGCGACACGCUCUUUGUCAGCUUCUCAAACAUGGCGACGAACCAAGCGACUGUGAACCCUCCUGGCCCUGUUACUGUUCUCAUAUUAAGGGUUUAGAGUUGCAUAUUGUUUACAUUACACGUAAUUUUAUAAGAAUCAAGAAACAUUUGCUUAAUCGAAUCGAAAAAAAAACGAAAUUGAAAGGCAAUAAUCAAAAUUGAAUCGAACCGCAAGGCAUAUGAAUCGUUACGCCCCUAAAUAACAUGAAAUAAAGUUAAAACUAAUGAUAGCAAAAUUAAAAUCUCCUACAAAAGAUAAAAUGGAUUAAAAUAUUAUAACAUUAAUUAUUUUACAACGUUAAAAAAUACUAAAAAAAAUUAAGCUAGAAAAGACUGCCUUUGUAGCGCGAGAUUUUUGUCUCCCUUAUCAAGAUUGACAGAGGUAGUCCAAAAUGAUGGAUUGGUCAAUGCUGGCACCUUUCUUCUCUUCAACCCCUUCCCUGAUCCGGAUAUAAAGUUCAUUACUUAUCCCUCGAGAAUCUAGGGAUCUUAUACCGAGAGUUAGGUAAUUGUAAGUUUCAACAAGUUAUGCACUUUUAUUUAUUUUGUCAACUAAAAGCAUCAACUUAAAUAUGUCCAUCUGUCCCUGGUUUCAUAGUUAGUAACGUCGCAGACUUAAAUCUUGGUGUAACGACAUAAUGUGGUCUUCAUAAUCAACUCCUGACCUUGCACAAUCUAGCUAGGCCUUUCACUUCUUUCAAUUCACAAGGUUACUUGCUCGUUGUUCGGUGGAUUUGGCCUAAAAGAGCAAAAAAUAGAAAAAUAGUCGCCAGCGCUGUACUUUACUAAUCCGGAUUCUACAAUAAACGACAAGUUAAAUACUAAAACAAGACUUACCCGAUACUGUCAAGUCAUCAAAUAUUGUUAGAGGUCUUCGAUUCGUAAGAAUCCAGCAGAAUCCGCGUCCUUUGCAGCCUGUCGAUUAUUUCUACCUCAGGUUUUGCAAAGUUUGAGCCAUUCACCUGUCUACCUAAAGUUUACAAUGUUUACAACAAUAUGCUACUAAAAUUGAUCGCUUCCUAGACUUAAAAAGACCAAAAAUUGUUUUGUGCCAAGAAAACGACUUUUUUGCUAAGAAAACGACACAGGAUCUGGCAGGCGCUACGUCUGCCGUCAUUACCCUUCCCAUGGUCCCUUGCGGUUCACCACCAGUCACUCGCGUUUCGCGCUCGCCUCUACGAUGAGAAAAACGAAGCGCCUGAGGAGGAGGCUGUCACGCGUAUCAAGCGCUUUAUAAGGUUACACACCGUUAUAACUGAAACCAUACUGACAGCUCGUGACUAGAAAUGAGAACCGGCUGGCUAUAUGGGUGAUUUUGGAAAUUGUUUGAACGGUUUCGCAAAAAGCACACGAUGAUCGUCCUGAACAUUGACUGAGUGCAAUUUGUCUUGAAAAAUUGUGAAAUACUGCAUUCUGUCCGAGGUCUGUAUGAUAAAUUGUACGUACUGUUUCACCCCAGAUGUGAUGUAUAAAAAGUAUAAAAGGUUACACACCCCCAGACGGGACCGGCAAGCUGGUGAAUUAUCCGUCGUGAGUUAUACUGCAGCCAGUUAAAGAGUGGUGAGUUGCAAGAUCUUGAAUUUUCCAAAUCUUGCCGGCAAGAUCUUGAAUUUUCCAAAUCUUGCUGGCAGGAUUUUGAAUUUUCCAAAUGUUGCCGGCAAGAUAUUGAAUUUUCCAAAUCUUGUCGGCAAGAUUUGGAAUUUUCUUAAUCAUGCCUGCAAGAUCUAUGAAUUUUUCAAAUUUUGCAAAUCUUGCCGGCGAGACAAGUCUUGAAUAUUCCAAAUUUUGCAGGCAAAAUUUUAAAUUUUCGAAGUCUUGCCGGACACUUGUAAAUCUGGUAAUUUUCAAGAUAUUUAUCGCGAUGUCAAAUUGCUUAAGAGCUGUACUGAGAGCUGCUUCGUCUAGCACGAAUUCUACCAAAAAACCUAACUUGAAUCUUAACACUAGCUGACCGUUUAACCACUUUAAAUGGAUCAAUGAAGACUUUUCAGAGGUACGUAUCUCUUGCAUAAUUUGUUUCCAGUGUUUCUGUCGUGAGUUUCUUGCGCUUUCAGCAAAAAAAACAAUCUAUCUUAUAAUCUUGCAGGCACAAAUUGCCACGUUUACAGCAAAUGAGAAAACAGAGAAAAUUGCAAGAUUUGGAAAAUUCCAUAUCUUGCCGGCGGGUAACAUUUGGAAAAUUCAACAUCAUGCGGCAAGAUUUGGAAAAUUCCAGAUCUUGCCGGCAAGAUUUGGAAAAUUCAAGAUCUUGCGGCAAGAUUUGGAAAAUUCAAGAUCUUGCCGGCAAGAUUUGGAAAAUUCAAGAUCUUGCAACUGA